GUUCGAAGGCCCUCACAGAGUAGUACCGGAUCGUCCCAUCCGCCACGAGAUCAUCGAGGACGGGGCUGUACCUCCACGUGCAUCUACCGAAUGAGCGAGGAAGAGCUAAGUGUGCUACGGGCACAACUCGACGACCUUCUUGAGAAAGGUUGGAUUCGGCCUAGCUCCUCGCCAUACGGUGCUCCCGUUCUCUUCGUCAGGAAGAAGAACAAGGAUUUGCGGUUGUGCAUCGAUUAUCGCAAGCUCAACGCACAAACGGUCAAGAACGCCAGCCCUCUUCCACGCAUCGACGACCUCCUCGAAUGGUUGGGCGGCGCCAAGUUCUUCUCCAAGCUAGACCUCAAAUGGGGAUAUCACAAACUCGAGAUCCGCCAGGAGGACCGCUACAAGACCGCGUUUAAGACGCGAUAUGGGCAUUUCGAAUGGCUGGUUCUGCCAUUUGGCCUUACGAAUGCCCCGGCCACAUUCCAAGCGGCUAUGACAACGGAGUUCCGACACAUGCUGGAUAGAUUCGUACUCAUCUACCUCGACGACAUCUUGGUGUACAGUCGGAGUUUGGACGAGCAUGUGGAGCACCUGCGCACCGUUUUGGAGCGGCUACGACAAGCCAAGUACAAAGCCAACCGCGACAAAUGCGAAUUCGCGCACCAAGAGCUGGAGUACUUGGGACAUUAUGUAACGCCGCAAGGCAUCCGUUUGCUUGCGGACAAGAUCGAGGCCAUCCACGUAUGGCCCGAGCCCACCAACACCACGGACGUUUGUUCAUUCAUGGGAUUGGGGGGCUACUAUCAACGCUUCAUCACCGGGUACUCAAGGAUUGCCGCACCUAUGACGAGAUUACAAUCGCCAAAGGUGCCAUUCGUAUUCGAUGACGAUGCAUGCCGGUCAUUCCAAACACUCAAGACGGCCAUGCUCAUGGCACCCGUCCUUAGCAUCUACGACCCCACCCUGCCAACGAGAGUGACAACCGACGCUUUCGGCUAUGGCAUUGGGGCAGUCUUGGAACAACACGACGGCGACGACUGGCACCCUAUGGAGUAUUUCAGCCACAAAGUGCCUCCCAUCAAUUCACUUGAUGAUGCAAGGAAGAAGGAGCUGCUCGCGUUCGUGAUGGCUCUCAAGCGAUGGUGGCACUUCCUCCUUGGGCGUCGAAGGUUCACAUGGGUCACGAACAACAACCCAUUGACCUACUACAAGACGCAGGAUACGGUGAGCAGCACGAUCGGACGAUGGAUGUACUUGAUCGACCAAUUUGACUUCACACCGAAACAUCUCCCGGCCCUCUCCAAUCGUGCAGCAGAUGCACUCUCGCGAAGACCUGAUCUUUGCGCUAUGACACAUCAUGCUUUCGCAUUUGACGAGGAACUCCAACGACACUUCAUCCGGGGCUAUGAGUCCGAUCCGGACUUCGCCACGUUGUAUGCGCAACUAUCUUCGGAUCAUCCGCCGGCCAGCCACUAUCGCAUUGCCGACGGGUACUUGCUCCUCCACUCGAGAGGCAAGGACUUAUUGUGUGUCCCACGAGACCGUCGUCUUCGGACUCGCCUUCUCGGGAAGUACCAUGACUCGCGACUCGCCAACCAUUUCGAAGUCAACCGCACUAUUGCACGACUUCGACAAUGAUUCCGAUGGCCCUACCUCAUUACCGAUGUCACUCGGUAUUGCGACUCUUGCGAAGUUUGCCGGCGAAGCAAGCCCCGCAAUC